AUGGCCCAAGCCGUCAAGAGGGCCUGCGAUGCCUGCCACCGCCGCAAGGUCAAGUGCGACGGCAUCAACCCGUGCCGCAACUGCUCCUCGGCUCAGCUAUCGUGCACCUACAAUGCCAUUCCUCAGAAAAAGGGCCCCAAGGGCUCGCGCGCCAAGGUCAUCAGCGAGCUGAGGGAGACGCAGCGACAGACCAGCCUCUCGGCAAAGGUCCAGAACCGCAUGAAUGGCAUCGCCUGCCCUCCCACGAACUCGAGCCUUGGUCCCACCCCCGGUCUUCUCACCAGCGAACUCGUCAAGGAGUGCGCCCAUUUCUUCUUCGACAAUCUCUACUCGCAGAGCCCCAUCCUCGACCGCAACCAGAUCGAGCAACAGGUCCUGUACAUGGAGCAGAACCGGGAUGCCUAUUGCCUCAUGACAUCGCUGUGCGCCUACAUCAUGCUGCAGCCUGGCAUGUCCAUGCCUCCCGGUGACCCAUACAACCUCGACAUGGUCCCCGGCGCCAACAUCAUUUCCAGCCAGCUGCUCCUCGAGGAGACUCUGCGUGUCCGCAAAGGCUACGAGUACCUCGACUCCAUCAGCUUCAACGCCCUCGUUACAAACUUCUUCAUCUUCGGCUGCUACUACGGCCAGGAGAUGCACGACAAGGCAUGGUUCCACCUCCGGGAAGCCACAACCAUGAUCCACAUGGCUGGCAUGCACAAGGAAGAGUACUACAUGCAGUUCGACGCUGCCGAGUCUGCACGACGUCGACGGCUCUACUGGCUCUUUUUCGUGCUUGAGCGAGCAUAUGCCCUGCAACGCCAACGCCCCACGACGCUUCAGGCGACCAUAAAUCUCCCAACCCUCGGUGACGACCCGAGUGACCCUCAGGCUCACCAGCUCAACAGCUUCAUCCUCUUGAUAAACCUCUACCGGCCGUUCGACGACACCUUCACCGCGGCCUGGAGCAAGACCAAGAGCCACCUGUCGUCUCAGUACCUCAACGGCCUGCAGAAGCAGCUCAACGACCUGGUUCAGUCUUACGCAUGCCAGGACGGCAACUUCAACGAUAUUCACACCAACCAGCAGUGGCUGAAGAACACCAUCUGGCAAUUGACCAGUGGCGUCGUCAAUGGAAACGGCGACGACUCCAUGUCUUUCCAGUACCCCGUGCAUCUGUCACGAGAGCUCCUCGUCAACAUGGCCUCGCAGUUUCCUGUUCAGGUCGACCUCUUGGGACCGGGCUUGAUUGAGAAACUCAUGGAGAUGACCUCGUCAAUGACCGAGUUUCUUUCCAUGCAAGCCCCUUCGCGCGACCCCUUCUCAGUCGGCCCUCGCGAGCAUCUGAACCAGAUGAUUUCCAUGGUCGCCAUGUCCCGCAAUGGUGAUCAUCGUUUCCUACCGCUGCUCAUGAACAAGAUCAACGAAGUCCUGCCACGCAUCGCCAACCCCAUGCUGCAGAAUGCCCCAGAGAACUCCAACUUGGCCAACGUGGACAUCUUCGACGGCUUUGGCAACGCCGGCAUGGCCCAACCCCCGCCGAGUCAGAUGCACCUGGACUUUGACCGCAAGUUUCCCGUUGAGGACUACGAGAAGAAGUACAACAUGGACAUGCCCAGCAGCACCCCCGAAUCUGCCUCCAACUCUAACCACUCUGGCUCGCCGUCCUCGCUGCACCAUCACGGCUCAGAUUUGAACGGCGCGGACGCGGCCAACUCCAUGAUGGGGAUGAGUGCCAUCGGCGGCGACCUCAACUUCGGCUCCAUCAGAUAA